AUGACCAUCUCAAUCAUGAUCGCCGACGACCAAGAGAUGGUCCGAACCGGUCUCCGGCAAAUGAUCGGGGCCGACCCACAGCUCAACGUCGUUGGAACAGCCGACGACGGCCGACAAGCUCUUGACAUGGCCCGGGCCCUCAAACCAGCAGUCUGUCUACUCGACAUCCGCAUGCCGAUCCUUACCGGCCUCGAAGUCACCCGCGAACUCGCAUCCGACCCUGACCCACCGGCCAUCGUGAUCAUCACAACCUACGAUCUCGAGGAAUACCUUUUCGAAUCACUCGAAGCCGGUGCAUCCGGAUUCGUGCUCAAAGGUGCGAGCGCCGCGGUCCUCAACCAGGCGAUCCACUCCGCGGCCGCGGGCGAUGCACUGAUCAGUCCCGGCCUCACCCAUGUACUGAUCAAGACAUACCUCAAGCAGAUGCCGCGAUCAUCACCAAGUCUCACGAUGUUCACCCCACGAGAACAAGAUGUCCUCCGCUCGGUCUGCCGUGGAGCGACCAACGACGAAAUCGCAAGAGCGCUCGAACUUUCCGUGUCGACGGUCAAAGGUCAUCUGACCAGCCUCAUGCACAAAACAACAACGUCGAGCCGGGUCAAGCUCGUCAUCUGGGCCUACCGCAACACCACAAUCACUCCAUAG